CAAACGGUUGUAUGCUGCCGAAAAUCGUUGAAAGAGUUAAAACGCGCGUGCGCAACAAAAAAACAGUUCGAGAAGUUGAAUUGUAUUAUUUCGAGUUCGCAAACUUAGUAAAGCAGCGUGAGAAGGCCUGUUUUCAUUUUACGCUAACGUAUUUUUUUAUGUUUAAACGCUAUGUUUGCCGCACAAGUCCUUUUUAGCAUCGCGUUUAUUGUCGCCUGCUGUUGCAACGCGCAGGAGUUGAACGUCGGUUCGCUGGCAAGUCCUGAGCUUCAGGCUCGUGACCGCCGCAGCUUUGAUGUCGGCCUACUGCUGCGCAAUCUGCUGCUAAACAGUGCCACUGCGAGUGAUCUUAAAGCGAAUGUCACACGCAAUGUUGUCGCGGCUAAGCGCCCACCAGCCACAACUAGGCGCCCAAGGCCUACUACAACUACUGCACCGCCACCACCGCCACCAACGCCACCGCCACCGCCGCCGCCUCAACUCAAUCCGUUUUUAAAUAAACUCGCUUUAUUUGCCAGCUCGUCUAAUUUCUGGAAAUUACCUCCACUCACUACGACAACAACAACCACUACGACUACCGCGGCACCUAUGACAGAACCGCCACCACGUCCACGUCCACGCCCACGUCCGCGCCCUAAACCGUAUCCGUAUCCAUCGUAUUGGUCUAGGCCACCAUUUGGAAACGAGUAUGAUUACCUGUACCCAUCUGCAAUUGAUGGCUCCGGGGAACGAGUUGGUUCAACCGCUGUUCCCUCGGAAUAUGAUUUCGAAGAUGUUCCUGCCCCACAGCCGGCGGCGCCACCACCGUCCCGCAAAGCUGCACGCAAUCGCCAACGGCCAGCAUCUCCACCUCCAUCGCCUGCACCAACACAACCCGCCAAACCGCCGCCACCACCCCCAUCACCAGGUAGACGUCGCCCUGCUCCACCGGCACCAACGCCGCCACCACCGCAACCACAACGCGACCGAGUGCUGUAUCAGUACGCGCAGCGAGAUGAUAUCUCAUUCAAUGAUAAUAACGAUGAUGCAUCCGAAUCACCCGAAUCCGCACCCGAAGCAGACAAUCCACAGCAAGACGACGAUAACACCAAUGGGGGACAGGACGGCGCUGAUGCGGCAAACGGAGGUGAGGAAGGCGGCGAUGCUGCUAAUGGGGGUGAUAACGAAAUUCCUAGUAUCGAUGAAGGCGUGCUACCACCAGAAGUUCUAUCACCGCGUUUGCCUUCCUCUGAUCAUCGACCUUAUACGAAAUCAUUGUCUGUGCCAUCGUCGUACUAUGAUUCCUUUCCGCCGUCCGGGCAUCGCUUCAGUUCCUUUGACGCUGGAAGUGGAACUGGUGGUUCGGGAUUCGGCAGCUCCUCUUUCGGCUUCAGCCAUGCUAGUCCAGCGAAGGGUAUCCAUCAGUUCCGCGACACCUUUUCUGAUUUCCACACCACCUAUGAUGGUCACUUCCAGCCGAGCAUCUACAGUUCAUUUAAAUACUAAUUUGACUAAAACAGUUUUGUGUUUUAAUAAAUCUUUGAUAUUGUUUCAUUUAUAUAUUUUAGACUGCUUCGAAAUUUUAGGACCUAUUGGAGUUUUUCGACUUUAAUAA